CAAUCAUGUAACCGUUUCCGGCGUGACUCACUGACAAGCCCUCUCCAGUCCGCCAAGUGCAUUAUUCCCCUUGCCGACUUUAGCCUCCCCUUGAGCCAGUGUCGGUCUGGUGGGGCCCGUUAUCGGCUGGAGCUAUCCUCGACAACCCUCAAGAGAUUGGCGGCGAAAGUGUCGAAACCGAGGAAUAACCGCGCAGCUUGGACUGUAUUAUAUCGUAUCUGCAUGGAAGCGAAUGGUUUCGUGUCCAGGCGGGUGGACACACCAAGCGUCGAUGCCGGGGUUGCUGCUGGAGCUGCAGGGGCAGACAUUCGAUGGCUCGGCGGGAGGAUUUUGGACGCUACGGAGGGGUUUGUUGGUGGUCUGUCACCGCCACGGAUAACAGCGGAACCGGACUUUACUGCGGUGUUGCAACUCCGAGCAGCCCCGGAGCCCACGGUGGCUGCUACGGAGACCGAAAUAGACUACGAGGGGCUCCCCCAGGGUGUAGCCACCAGUACACACAUGUUAGCCGGAGCCGUGGCUGGCAUCAUGGAACACUGCCUAAUGUAUCCCAUCGACUGUGUGAAGACGCGGAUGCAGAGCCUGCAGCCCGAGCCGGGGGCGCGUUACCGUAACGUGAUGGACGCGCUACGUCAGAUCGUGCGUACCGAGGGGGUGUGGCGACCUGUGAGGGGGCUGAACGUCAUGGCGAUAGGGGCGGGGCCAGCCCAUGCUCUGUACUUUGCCUGUUAUGAGAAACUCAAGUUCUCACUCAGCAACGUGGUCCACCCGGGAGCUAACAGCCACUUUGCUAAUGGAAUGGCAGGCUGCAUGGCCACUGUACUCCAUGAUGCAAUCAUGAACCCAGCAGAAGUGGUGAAGCAGCGUAUGCAGAUGUACAACUCCCCGUACCGCGGCGUGUCUGACUGCGUGGGCUCCAUCUGGAGGCGUGAGGGCCCCGGGGCCUUCUACCGCUCCUACACCACCCAGCUGACCAUGAACGUCCCCUUCCAGGCUCUUCACUUCAUGACCUACGAGUACCUCCAGGAGCUGCUCAACCCCCACAGACAGUACAACCCCUCCUCUCACGUCAUCUCUGGGGCGCUUGCCGGGGCCAUUGCUGCCGCCGCCACCACCCCGCUUGAUGUCUGUAAGACCCUCCUCAACACCCAGGAGGCCCUAGCGGUCCAUGCUGAGGUCCCAGGAGCACUGGGGGUUGGAGCGAGUGUAGGGACGGCGUCUGCCACUGGGGGGCGCCACAUCUCGGGGUUAGGGGAGGCGUUCCGGACUGUGUACAGGAUGGGGGGUGGGGCGGCGUUCUUUAAGGGCGUCCAGGCCAGGAUCAUCUAUCAGAUGCCCUCCACCGCCAUCAGCUGGUCCGUCUACGAGUUCUUCAAAUACAUCAUCACCAAGCGCCAGUACGAGAGAAGGCUGCACCACCGAGACGGAGAGAAGUAGAGAGGGAGGGAAGACCUUCAUUCAAAAUGUCCCCAAGGAACCCACCCCCAUAGAUAUGUACUAGAGGGCUCAGCUCCUAUCUUUGGGCCAAGUUCCCCCUCUAUCUAACUCUAUAACCACCCCACAGUAACCCCACCUCUAACCAUUUGACCUAUGACCUUCUAAACUACCCAGGAAAUAAAAGCCCCCCCUAGUAUUUUUGACUAGAAGAGAUACAGCUUUUGUCAAAAAUUCACCUUACACAGCAGGUUUAGAACUUACACAGCAGGUUAGGAGAAUUGUCGUAGCAGUUUAGGAGAAUUAGGUUAAGGUUAGGAAAAGUGUAAGGGUUAGCAAAAGUGAAGUUUUGUUUUUGUUGCCAAAAGCUGUGUCCCAUCUACACCUGACCUCCUCUUAUCCUCUCACAUAAGAGAACAAGUCCCCAUCUUUCACAUAGUUUAUUAUAGACAUACUUUACAUGGCACUUUAAUUCAAAUAUACACUCACUGGCCAGUUUAUUUGGUACACCCAUCUAGUACCGGGUCGGACUCCCUUCGCCUCCAGAACAGACUGAAUUCUUUGGGGCAUGGAUUCUACAAGGUGUCGGAAAAGUUAUUUUCUCAAUUGGUAUCUAGGGACCUAAGGUGUGCCAGGAAACAUUCCCCACACCAGUACACCACCGCCACCAGCCUGUACCGGUGACACCAGGCAGGAUGGGUCCAUGGACUCGUGCUGCAUACGCCAAAUUCUGACUACCAUCAGCUUGACGCAACAGGAACCGGGAUUUGUCAGACCAGGAGAUGUUUUUCCAUUCCUAAAUUGUCCAGUGUUGGUGAUGGUGUGCCCACUGGAGCUGCUUCCUGUUGUUUUUAGAUAGGAGUGGAACCCGGUGUGGUCGUCUGCUGCAAUAACCCAUCAGUGACAAGGACCGACAAGUUGUGUGUCUGAGAUGAUGUUCUACACACCACUGUAGUACUGCUCCGUUAUGUGUCUGUUUGUGUCCUGCCUGUUACCUUGCACCAUUCUUGCCCCUCUCCUUUGACCUCUCUCAUCAACGAGCUGUUUUCGCCCGCGGUACUGCCACUGACUGGACGUGUUUUGUUUGUCGCACCAUUCUCGGUAAACCCUAGACUGUCUGGUGUGAAGCCCAGGAGGGCAGAGGUUUCUGAGAUACUGGAUCUGGCCUACCUGGCACCAGCAAUCAUACCACGCUCAACGUCGCUUAGGUCACUCGUUUUGCCCAUUCUAACUUUCAAUGGAACAGUAACUGAAUGCCUGUCUGCCUGCUUUAUAUAGCAAGCCACAGCCACGUUACUCACUGUCUGUAGGAGCGAUCCAUUUUGGUGAAUGAGGUGAUGUACCUAAUAAACUGUCCAGUUACUGUAUAUAUUAGAAUUAUGUUUCUGCAUUUCCCUACUAUAACCACUAGGGGGCUUUGAGUCUCGACCUCCCUCCUCCAUUGACUUUAUGGACAGAUCUAAAAGAGCCCCAAUAAUAUCUACUUUCUCCUGCAAAUGUGCACUCGUUCACUACUUCCCACUAAUCUAAUAGUAUUGGGUUGGUGGAGGAAUGGGCUAGUUUCCACCGUGUUUCUUAUACCAGUCAUUUCCUUUCAAACCAGUGAAGGGAAGUGAACAAGGGCACACUUUGGGAGGAAGGUGAGGUCAUGGGGACGUAGACCAAGUGAAGACCUCUGUAUUGUGUGAUGACUGGAGUCAGUGGAUUCAGCAUUAAGGAUAUAUCUAUAGUCACGACUACCACUGGGCUAUAUUUACAUUAACGUCUAGCAUUCUGAAAUGGGAAUUAAAUUCACCAGAAAUGCUUUCAUGCAAUGCUAUUUAAAACAAUAACUGCCUUUUCCAUCUUUGAGAUAGUGACUGGGAUUGUGUUCACGUAUUUCUCCGCCUGUAUGUAGACAUUGAGGAAUAUGAGUAUUUUGACUUGAAAUGCUCAACUUAACCCAUUGGAGUUGACUGUGUGUGGAUGUGGCUGACUGAAUGAGGAAGAGAGAAAUAAAUCAAAUAGGAGUGUAAAGUGCUAGAACACUGAGUGCAAAGCGCUAGAACACUGAGUGUAAAGCGCUAGAACACUGAGUGCAAAGCGCUAGAACACUGAGUGCAAAGCGCUAGAACACUGAGUGCAAAGCGCUAGAACACUGAGUGCAAAGCGCUAGAACACUGAGUGCAAAGCGCUAGAACACUGAGUGCAAAGCGCUAGAACACUGAGUGCAAAGCGCUAGAACACUGAGUGCAAAGCGCUAGAACACUGAGUGCAAAGCGCUAAAACACUGAGUGCAAAGCGCUAGAACACUGAGUGCAAAGCGCUAGGACACCAUAUAGAGAAUAAUGUGCCAUUUGAGACAGAACCUUUGAGGAUGGUAGGAGGGUGUGCUACACCUCCAGUCUACCAGACUUGAGAUUUAUGGGGUUUGGUUCAGAUGGCACCCUAUCCCCUUUAUAGUGCACUACUUUUGGCCAGGACCCACAGGGAGCAGAAGGUCUUUCCCUUGAGAUUGUGUAGUGUCCCAAAUGGCAUCUAUAUAGUGCACUACUUUUGGCCAGGACCCACAGGGAGCAGAAGACCUUUCCCUUGCGAGUGGGUGUAAUGUCCCAAAUGGCAUCUUGGCCCCUAUAUAGUGUACUACUUUUGAUCACGGCUCAUAUGGAUCUGGUCAAAAGUAGCGCACUAUAUAGGGAAUACGGUGCCAUUUGGGACAGAACCUUCUGACCACGCACCACUUUCUAGCACUUAUAGUCAUUUACAGUUAUGUGUGGUGACUAAUCAUUUAAAUAGUAACUUACAUACAUGUAGUUACUUAUCCUAUGGUAACUAAUCAUUUAAAUAGUAACUUAUACACAUGUGGUUACUUAUCCUAUGGUAACUUUUAGCAACAUUUACUACGUACACACGGCCUUCGAAUCAGCCGCCAUGAGUCAAACGCACAAAUACAAAGUCCUGCUGGACCCUUCAUUUCUAAGCCAUAUUAUCACAGAGAAGAACACGUGUGAGUAGGACUACUCUUAUCCUAGAUCAACUCAUUCUAUCUGUAGAGGAGUAGAGUUUCAGCCAAGUGUUCUGGAACCGACCUGAUAAGUGAAGAUUUUAAUAUAUAGGUUCCUUCAUUAUUAUGGUUGAAAAAUUCUGGGAACUUUUCAAAAUUCUCAGUUUAUCCAGGAAUGUUCCUGUAAUCAAUAGGGGGGAAAGCAAGGCAUCCUGAAUCCCCAACAAUGACCUGUUGGAAAACUUGGCAUUUUUGGGAAGUUAGGGGAAUUUUGGAUCCUUGUAAUCGAUUACUUGGCAGGAU